AUGAACGGAUUGUCAAAAUUGCUAAAUGAUAUUAUUAAAACUAGCAUAGUGUUUUAAUAGUUUACAUUGAAACUACCGACUUUAAUUUAAUUAAUAUUCGGUUUUCUUGCUUAGCUUCAGAUGGUGAGUUAUUUAGAAUAGCCUGCUUACGAACCUUGUAAAUCUUUUACCAUUAUUUUAUUUUUAACCAGACCUCAUAUAUAUAUUUUUACUCAAGGGAAUUACGAAAUAACUUUUGGAAUUAUAUUUCUUUUGAUUCAAAUAAUUAUCAUCGUUUGGAUAUAUUAUUGCAUUGCUUUUAAUAAAAAAAAACAGAACAACAUAAUAAAUGAAAUAUAAUUUAGCCAAAUGAACUCAACUAAAUUAUAGGCAAUUAUUUCAAUCAUCUCCUUAUUUUUGUUUAUUAACAAAGUCUAUUUAGGUCAUAAUAUCAUAGAAUUUUGUAUGCUACAUCUUGCUACUAAAGAUUAGAGUUCAAUUAUCAUUGUUAUAAUAAGCAUUGUUCUAAUUCUUUAGUUAAGCAUCAUCCUGUUUAUUUAGUGGUAAUUCUUAAACAGAAGCAUUAGAUUUAUACCUUAACUAUAGUAUUUAACAAUAAACCAAUCUGAUACAAACAUUAUUAAUUUAUACUUAAAAUUACUCCAAAUAAUAAAUUAUGCAUUUUUACAAAACAAAGAAGCUGCCAAAGUUGCUUAGGCAGUAUUGAUUAUCUUAAAUUUUAUUCAUAAAUUUUGGUAGGUUAGAUUCAAUCAUAUCCAUAUGAGAAAUCCAUAUUUAUUAAUAAUAAUUAUGACUGGUAGUAUUGGAUUUCUAAUGGCAGUACUACAACUAUUAGACAGUAUUUUUAACUGUUUUACCUUAAGAUUGUGGAUUCCAUUAGCUCCUAUAAAUCUUUUCAUAAUAAAAAUUUUAUUAGAUAGAAAUAUACAAUAAAUUCUGAUUAACAAGCCUUUUAGCGAGAUAACAAUAACUGAAUUAAAAUAUGUUUCUUGCAUUAUAGAAUAAGGCAUAGAUACAAAGAAACUGGAGAAUUAAAUUUUUCUUUUCUAAUAUGUUUAAGUUUUUUGUUCAAAAAAUGAAAUCUUGUUUUAGUAUGAGUAAUUACUAUCUCAAUAAAUCAUUGAUAAGAUUAGAUAGCAUAUGUUAUAAUAAAUAUUGAGAUAAUUAGAGAAUUUAGCAGAUAAAAUCAGAAAUCCUUUUUAUUUGGGAUAGAUUUAUAUAAAUUACGUUUAAACAUUAAUUAUUCUAGAUAAAUAUGUUGAAGCCUAAUAAAUAAUAGAGUAAUUAUUUAGAUUUCAAAGUAAUAAUCCUUCAAUUAUGAAUUCCAGAACUUAUAGAUUAACAAUAAGAGUUGAGUUGAGCAAUUCGUAAUAAACCUUCUUAAAAAUAUUAGAAUGUAAAAUAAUUGCAAGGAUGUAGAAUAAAAUGGUUUAGUAAACUUCAAAAUCGAAAUCGAAUCACUAAACAAUUUCAUUGGCUAUGAAAUAAUUAUCUAUAAUUAAUUCAAAUACUAUCGAUGUUUAAACAAUGUUUUUAAAUGUUGUAAUUUCAAAAAUAGAAUUCUUCAACAUUAUCUUAAAUGAUAAAACUUAGCAGAAUUAAUUUAAUCGUAAAGUCUAAAAGAUCUUAUUUGAAAUGGAGACAUUUCUAUAAAAAUUGAAGAAAAACUAUGAAUUAUUUCCAACAAUUUCAAAUUAGAGUGUCUUGAUGUUCUAUUAAGUGGAAGUGUUGAAUAAUGUUUUAGAUGCAUAUAACUUUAGUUAGAUUGUUGCACUUGAUGAAGAUAUAAUACUUAAACACAAUUAAUCUGAAUUAUUUAACUUUUUUAAUUAAAGCUUUAAUUUCGCGUUAUUCAAAAUUAUAGAUGUGUAAAAUAUCCAAAUUGAAUACCAUUAAAUAACAUAAGGCCAACACUUCACCAUAAAAGAGGGGGAAUAGUUAUAAACUUUAAUACCAUAAUCACUUCGAUAAUAACAUUAAUUAUUAGUUGAAAAAUUUCUUGAAACAGGUUAAAAUAAAUAUUAUUAAACUAUUGGGGAGACUUUCAUUAAAAUACGAUAAGGUAUAAUUUAACCAAUAGAUAUUUGUAUGGAUUUGAAUCAAAAAAAUUCAUAAAAUAUCGAAAUCAUUACUCUAUAUAGGUUGCCACAAAGUGAAAAACAUAUAAUAUUUGUUGAUUCUAAUUUACGACUUUAAGAAAUAAGUCAUAACUUAUUUUUUGGUGGUUUAAAUCUGUCUGAAGCUUAUUUGGAUCAUAUAAUUGGAAUUAGUAUUAUAAAAAUAAUCCCUUAAUUUAAAAGAUAUAUUGAAGAGAAAACCUUUGAUAUCAAAAUUUGUCCUAUCAAUUUUAUAAAUGGCAAUGAAGAAGAUGAAUAAAAGGGAAAAACAAGAACUUUUAAUUGUCUCAGUGAUAUUGAAAAUAUAACAUUGUAUUCAUGUCAUUUAUCAAUUACUCAAAGAUUUUUUUAAGAAAAUCAAUAUAUAUAUGUAUUGAGAUUAGAUAACCUUAAAUUAGAUAAAGUUAAUUCUAUUACAUAAUUUAGAUGUUAGUAAAAUUCUGAGAACCCUUUUGAUAUCGAUGAAUAAAUUGAAAUCAACCUUCCAGAUCCGGAAGAGGAGUACCAAAAGCAAUAAAUGAUAUUAAACACAGAACGACAAGAAAUGCAAAUAGAAUUAUUAUAGGACAAUAAUGAUUUCCAAUUAAUAAAAGAAAAGAAAUAAACUGAAACCUCUUUCCCUCGGUUCAGUAAUAAAAUCAACAAAAAGUUAGAAAAUUUCACAAAUUUAUCAAGUAUUGCUUAAGUAAAGAGGUCUCCCUACUAUCAAGCAUUUAAACAAUCCUCAAUUAUUCUCAAUUCUCAAAAAUAAUCCAAGAAUUGGGUUGCAUUUAUUAUCAUUUAUCUAAUUUACAUUCUUAUAGCUAUAAUUUUUUCGAUAAUUAUAUUUGAUGAAACCUAUGAAUUCAAAAGUUUGAUAUCUCAUUUAGAAUUACUUUCAAUAAAGAAUGAAGUGUACUAACCAAUUGACUCCUUUUUAGUAACUAGAUACACUAUUGUAAAUUAUAAUUAAUUGCUCGGUCUGAAAUUUAUUGAUGAUAUUGAGUAUGCACAUUUAGUUUAAUUUCCAAGAUCAAAUUUGUUAUCAGGGUAUGAUCUUUUAAAAAAAAGUAUUACAAAAGUAUUAUACAUCCCGUAAUUUUAACCAUUUUUAGAGGAGAAUUAUUUAAUUCUUUCUUUAUAUGUGACGAAUAAUACUGGAGUGAAUUAUAAUAUUAGUUUUAGAGAGUCAAUUCAUUUGUUACUUAAUUACUAAUAUGAAUAUAAAUUGGCUUAUACUGUGAAACCAUUAUUGACAGAUGGACCUUAUUUUUAUUACUCAUAUAAGAACAGUCUAAUACUAUAUAAAAAGUUUGUUGAUCUGGAAAACUUUACUUUAGAACACACUCUGAUAUAUUCAAACUAGAAAAUGACCAUCAUCAGAUUAUACACAACGGUAUUUGGAGUAAUAUCUUUCAUUUUGAUUAUUCUAAAAAUCUAUCAUUUGAAACAGAUUCGAAAUGCCAAAAAUAAAAUAUUGUCUAUAUUAAAAAAUCAAGAUCUCCAUUAGGUUGAGCUGGAAAUUAUAAGAUUGAAAUAGAUAACUUUGAAAAUCUAAAAUAGCAGAUAAAUUAUUUAUGGGUAUUCUAUGGAUCUGGAUAAUAUUGAUAAAUCUUUGAAAAAAAAAUAAUCUAAUUUUAAAUAUAGACAAAUUAACGAUAAAAAAUUAGUCUCUCUAAAUAUAUUUAGAAAGGCAUUCGCAUUACUUUUUCAUUAUCUAAUAUAUUUCUUAGUAAGUUUAAGUUUCUAUCUGAUAUUACAUAAUUAGAUAAGCUAUUAUUAAAAUGUGGCCUAAUUUUAUUAGAAAAUAUCAGAUGCUAGUGUUAAUGUUUUGAUUUUAUAUGCUUGGAAAGAAGCCUUGUAUUUUAAAGCUACAUUUACAUUCUUCACUUCCUCAGAGAUUAAAGAUCUUUAUUUACAUGUGGAAUAGAGUUUAGAUUCAUUAAAAUAGUUCAACUAAGAUUUACUUCAGUUGGAUUAAAUUGAUUAAAUAUUUGGACCAUCUAAUCAAAUCGUUGAAAAAAUUACUUAAAUUUCAGUCUGUGACAAUUUAAGUGAAGAAUAUAAAAAAAAGGCUAGUGGAAUCUGUGAUAAGGUUAUGUAAGGAGCUUUAAAAGGAGGACUUAUAAAUGCAUUAAGUUAUGUUAUAAACAGCAUCUCAAACGAAUAUUAAGCUACUCAUUUUGAUACUAGACAAUCGCUGGAAAGAUUGGAAUUAGAAGGUUCAACACUAUUAUCAGAUGUUUUGUCUAAAUUUUCUGGAUUCAUAAAGGAAUAGUUUUCAUUGUAAAUUACUGAUUUGUAAUAUACUGUCUAUGUAAAAUUAUGUCUAACUGUAGAUUGUAGUAUCAAUUUAUUUAUCAUUUGA